GGGCCGUGUUAAGUCUAACAGUUGCAACGGCUAACAUGCGGGUUGUUUGUCGCUUGUUAUAUCCUGGUUUUAGACUGGAAAUGUAGUCGUAAAUAAGGAAGAGUAACCUUCAUUUGACAUAACGUUAGCUGGUAUGCUUAGCUAGCUCCUACUGCCACUUCUAAAUACUGGUAACGUUAACGGUCUGCUGUGUUAACUGCAUUUAUAUCUGUAUUGCUUCCAUCUCUUCAACACUCGUUUGAUCUAUAUUGUAGGUGGUAAAUGGCGUCUGCAAAUGCCACAUACGGACAGAAGGAGUCCUCGGACCAGAACUUUGAUUACAUGUUUAAAAUCCUCAUCAUUGGCAACAGCAGCGUAGGAAAGACUUCCUUCCUUUUCCGCUAUGCAGACGACUCCUUCACGCCAGCCUUUGUCAGCACAGUGGGCAUCGACUUCAAGGUGAAGACCAUCUACAGGAACGACAAGAGGAUAAAGCUGCAGAUAUGGGACACUGCUGGCCAGGAGCGCUACAGGACGAUCACCACAGCUUACUACAGGGGAGCCAUGGGCUUCAUCCUCAUGUAUGACAUCACCAACGAGGAUUCCUUCAACGCCGUUCAGGACUGGUCGACCCAGAUCAAGACGUACUCAUGGGACAAUGCCCAGGUCCUCCUGGUGGGGAACAAGUGUGACAUGGAGGAUGAGCGGGUGGUGGCCUCAGACAGGGGCCGGCAGCUGUCAGAACAGCUGGGUUUUGAGCACUUUGAAGCGAGCGCUAAAGAUAACAUCAACGUGAAGCAGACCUUCGAGCGGCUGGUGGACAUCAUCUGUGAGAGGAUGUCCGAGAGUCUGGACAACAACGACCCGGCUGUCACCGGCAAUAAACAGGGGCCCCAGCUCACCGAGCAGCCUCAGAGGUCCCAUCAGGAUUGUGCUUGCUAGACUUGACUACACAAACACAAGGUGUGUGUCCUAAAAUCCACACACCUUCUUUUUUUUUUUUUUUUUUUUUUUUAGGUUUGUCUCUCACUUUCUUUUUCUUUCUCAAAG